AAUCUUGUGUUGACAGUGUUGUGGUUUUUCCUUGGUAAAACCAAAUCAAAGCUUCAAUUUGCUCUGAAGAUUUGACCCGUGCUUCAUUUCCUGGGGGAGGGAGAGAGAAGCAUGGCGCUGAAAGUAUAUGGUGAUCGAAUGUCCGAACCAACUCGUGCAGUUCUAAUCUUCUGCAAAAAAAACGGGAUAGAUUUUGAGGAAAUUCUUGUAGAUGUCUUGAAAGGUGACCAAUUUUCCCCAAAAUAUAAAGCAAUAAAUCCCAUGAACCAAAUUCCUGCAAUAGUUGAUGGACAAUUGAAGUUGUUUGAAAGUCAUGCGAUUCUUAUCUACUUAUGUUGUGCGUUUCCAGGAGUAGCUAGUCACUGGUAUCCUGGUGAUCCAGCCAAAAGAGCUAAGAUCCACUCCAUUUUAGAUUGGCAUCAUUCUUAUCUUCGACGUGGUGCAGCUGGACUUGUAUUCAACAGUAUCCUAGCACCACUAAAUGGCAUGCGUUCAUAUCCUCAGAUAAUCAUUCAAGCUGAGGAGAUUCUGUUGAGAUCUUUGUCUAAAUUAGAAAAUGUUUGGUUAAAAGAUGGAAGCUUUUUGGGUGGAAGCUCUCAACCUUCAAUUGCAGAUCUCAGUUUAGCAUGUGAAGUCAUGCAACUUGAGCUUUUGAGCGAGAAGGAUUACCAUAGGAUCUUAAGCCCUUACAAAAAAGUCAAGAAAUGGAUUGAAGACACAAGGAGUGCAACUGCACCUUAUUUUGAUGAAGUUCAUGAGCUUCUCUUUGAAUCCCCAAAAAGGGAUUCGAGAGAAAAUGGUGAUACAUUAUGGGAAAAAUAAUGCAAGAUCAAAGUCAAAGAUGUGAGAUGACACAUAAGGGUAUAUGAAUCAUAAUCACUUAAUUUUAUCUUCUUAAUAAACCUUGUUGUUUGUUGAAUAGAUAACGUAAUGUAAC